AUGGCAGAGCGAUCGCAGGUGCAGGUGGUGUGCGCUCCGUACACCGCCAUCGUCGAGGAGUACGCGCUCUUUCCAAAGGCGCGCCAGCUCGUCGUGCAGGCGUUGCCACGGGGCAACGCCAUCGUAGGAAGCCGUCGUCCAUCACCGCGCAAGUCUACCAAAGGCGUGUAUAGUGCGUCCCGUCGCUCACCAACGGAGAGGCACAGCGCUUACGAGCACAGUAUUGAUACGAAUGAGGACGGCGGCGGUGUCGACGCUUCCACACGCCUGGCAGCCCUGCAGCUGCCAGCGUCAUGUCUGCAUGCAUGGCUUCGGCACACCGAGACUUUAGCAGAGGGAGACGACCCCGACGCGGACGACGUAGCGACGUGGCUGAAUUCGAGCGGGGAGGCGUGGCUCUCGGUGCAGCCAGCGCUCGAGUACGCCUCUCUCAGCUACGGACCUGUUCACGCCGUCAAUUGGCUGCAGUGGGAAGAAGUCAAGGCGCUCCACAAUGCCGAACAACCGCGCCGGAAAUGGCACGCCGAGUUCGCCGCGACAGCGGUCGGGAAGUCACCUGUAAGGACACCGCCGUGCAUCGUCGUGCAGGUGGUGUUGCUGUGGCUUCAUGAAGGCCAGAUGCACCGCCUGAUGCCGGAGGAGUUUGUGAGCAUGGAGACCAAGGCACGCGCGGCGCUCGCUGCUCGGUCGAUGCGGCCACCGCGCGCCGCAUCCACAGGGCGGUCUGUAGCGCCGUCCUUCAGGUCACUCUUCACGUGCUACCUGAGGCUGGAGUACCCGCCUGGCACAUUGUGUCCCCACCGCGUUCCCGUGCCAAUCGCGGAGCCGCUGCUGACUCGCCAAGAGCUGGUGGAGCUGGUGAGGGCCACGGCCCACAUACGUCGGCACCAUCCGCUGCGUGUGGCGUACCGAAUAUGGCCACAGGCCACUCCACCCACCGCAGCAGCGCCAGCGUCGGCGCUGCCCUGGUCUGGUGGCCGUGCCGGCGUCUCCUCUGCCGAGGCACGGAUCGCGGUGGGGACGCCGACCGUGCGCGCGCCCCCCCUGCGCGCGUUGGAGAGCAACGCCGCAAUGGUGGAGUUCAUUCGUGAUGUCCUGGCCUACGGCUGCAUGGCCCUGCAAGUCGUGGCGGUGCGCAGUGGCCGCGUGCCGGUACAGGGUACGAACGGCAGACGGCCCGAGGCGGUCGGCAGCGGCGUGCCGAGAGCACCGCAGCGACCCUACUACGCUGGGUACAACAGGCGACAGGUGGAGGAGAGGAGCACUGUGCUCGUCACGAACAACGUGCGCAUGAAUGACGUCCUUCGCAGCAUUACGCGGAAAGACAGCGCCACUCAGCGUGGCAGUGUCUCCUCCGUGUGGCGCAUGGCAAGCGCCACAUCUCCGUCGCCAAUGGCGGACGCGGCGGUAGGGCCACCGCCCAUUGAUAGGGAGGAUGAGGAAGUGGAGCGCGAGGGCAGCAGGGCACCCGCGGACACAAUCCACCCGCUCGAAGCGUCGGACGAACUCGCGUGCGCCGCGCCCGCAGAGGCGGGGGGAACGGCGGCACUGGCAGAGGAGGUCAGCGGUAUGGACUGUCUUGAAAGCUAUGGCGACGCCGCCCCCUCGUCAAUCCAUGGCAGCGACGCGAUGGCCUCCGGUGAAGACGACCCCCCGCAGCUCUUGCGGCAAGACGCGGUGCUGCCCUCUCUCUCCGAGGAAAGCACGGGCAACAUCACCCCUGCUGGUGAAGCGGCCUUGCAAAUCGUCCAUCACGGUUACUUCAGAGAUGCAGACGAAUUCGGUGCGACAUGGCGCAACGCCGAUCAGUACACCGAGUACGUGUCAGGCGAGGGAGCGGGGGAUGGUGUUGGUUCACAGCAGCAGCCGGAGCUGCAGCGCGAAGCGCUGCGACGCCCUCGCGUGGACAGCAGCGUGCAGUGCAAAUUGUUUGUCGAGGACGCGCGAGAAGGUAAGCCGAUGGCACUGGCGCAGAAGGAACCGUCGGCGCGAUACGCGGAGAAGCUCAUGGCAGUGGACUCAUGGAGUGACAAUCGGGCUCCACACACACCGCAUGCACGUGGCCCUACGUCAUCACCGUCCAAGACGCCUGCCGAUCCAGGUGACGUCUCCGCAGGAGCUGCGGAGGGGGGGAUCACAGACAACGCUCGCGUAGCUGUCCCGGCGCCGUGCGCGAAGUCGCCGUGCUCUGUCUCCCUUACGCAGCAGCGGCGCUCCACCUCGAGCAGCUGCGGCAGCGCCACAAUGCCAGACCCCGCUACAAUCGUGCUCGUACGCUACGAGGUGGACCCCACUGUCGUGUGCGUCUCCGGCCCCGUGCUGCAGACGGUGCUGCAGCAUCUUCAGGAGGCCAUCUUCCAGCGAUGCUGCGCCCACCUGUGUCACGAUCUGGACGCGCCGCGCCCACGCUUUCACGCAGCGCACCCUCAUCGCCACGCCGGCAGCGCACAGUUCAAGGCGGCCACGAGCUUCAUCAACUCCUCCUCGACCGCUGCAGCACCCUCCAGAGACGUCGUGAUGGCGGUGGGGUUCGGCAACGGAGACCGCAACACCAGAGACUCCAACCUCCCAAUCGCAUCCAGCACUGAUGUGCCUUGCACCGAGUUCAUUCUACCGCUCUACCAGUAUAUCUUCACCCGUGUCGAAGAGGACGCCCUGGAGUGCUGCAUUGCGGAGGUCAUGGCCGCCUACCAAGGCCUCGAGCAGCUGCCAGCGAAGGAGGCGGAGGAAUGGCUACGGAUGAAACCGAACCUCGUCUCCCUGGGGUGCUAA